CCGUGAUACCAACCACCGCACGCUCCUCGAUACCACGCCCGCGAUGCUUCUCAGAUCAAGAACACGGCUGGCAAGCGCGACAAGCUCACGGAUGGCUGGACCCAGCUCCUUUGCGAGCUCGCUGCGUCGAUUAGCCACUCACACAUCGCUCCCUGCCUCGGACACACCGCAAUCCUUCAUCGAGAAGAUCGUGCAGCGUUAUGCAGUCGACCUCGCGCAGGGUCAAAAGGUCAAGGCCGGAGACUACCUCAGCGUCAGACCGCAGACGGUCAUGACGCAUGACAAUACGGGGCCCUGCAUUACCAAGUUCCGCUCAAUCGGCGCCACAAAGAUUCGCGAUCCAUCCCAGGUUGUCUUUGCUCUGGACCACGAUGUUCAAAACAAGAGCGAAGCCAACCUCAAAAAGUACUCGCGCAUCGAAUCCUUCGCUCGCGAACAAGGCAUCGACUUCUACCCCGCAGGCCGCGGCAUUGGCCAUCAAGUGAUGAUCGAGGAGGGGUACGCCUUCCCGCAGACCCUCGCCGUGGCCUCCGACUCCCACUCAAACAUGUACGGAGGCGUAGGCUGCGUCGGCACCCCCGUCGUCAGAACCGACGCGGCGGCCAUUUGGGCUACGGGACAGACGUGGUGGCAGAUUCCAGAGGUGGUGAAAGUGGACCUUGUCGGGCAGCUUCCCCCUGGCGUGACGGGAAAGGACGUCAUUGUGGCGCUUUGUGGGUAUUUCAACGAGGACCAGGUGUUGAAUGCUGCCAUUGAAUUUACGGGGUCGGGAGUGGCGGGCCUAUCCAUUGAUGAGAGGCUGGCCAUCUCAAACAUGACGACGGAAUGGGGAGCGCUGGCGGGCGUCUUCCCCGUCGACGACGUGACGCUCUCGUGGUAUGAGAAGAUGGUCAGGAGGAUGGACAAGCUCAACUUCCAAAUGGGCUCCUCACCCUCGCACGCGGCCCACCACCCGCGCCUAAACAUGGAGCGUCUUGACCACCUCUCCACCAACCUCGUCCGCCCCGACUCGGACGCCUUCUACUCCAAGACGCUGCGCCUAGACCUCUCUACCCUCUCCCCGCACGUCUCCGGCCCCAAUAGCGUCAAGAUCUCCACCCCGCUCGCCGACCUGUCCCAACAGAACAUCAAGAUCAACAAGGCCUACCUGGUAUCCUGCGUCAACUCGCGAGCGAGCGACUUGAAGGCGGCAGCCGAUGUCAUGCGCGGCAAAAAGGUGGCACCAGGCGUAGAGUUCUACGUAGCAGCCGCCUCUUCCGUCGUUCAACGCGAGUCGGAAGAGAGCGGUGACUGGGGUGCCCUCCUUGCCGCAGGAGCUAAGCCCCUCCCCGCAGGCUGUGGACCCUGCAUCGGUUUGGGUGUGGGUUUGCUCGAAGACGGCGAGGUGGGCAUUUCUGCGACGAACCGCAAUUACAAGGGGCGCAUGGGUUCGCCAAAGGCUCUGGCCUACUUGGCCAGCCCGGCAGUAGUGGCCGCCUCUGCCCUGCAGGGGAAGAUCUGCGGUCCUUCCCCCAUCCCUGAGCAGGAGGGAAAGCUCGAGUACUCCCUCAGCGCUGCCGCACCCACCGAAGCAGCCGAGACGUCCAGCUCGGCCGCAGCGGAAGACGUCGACUCGAGCGCUGAGCUUCUCGCUGGCUUCCCCUCAAGCUUCCACGGUACACUCAUUUUCGCCCCGCAAGACAACCUCAACACGGACGGCAUCUACCCGGGCAAGUACACUUAUCAAGACGAUAUCACCCCGUCCAAGCAAGCGCAGGUAGUCAUGGAGAACUACGACCCCAAUUUCGCCAGCAUCGUCGCCGACUUGAAAUCGCCCACAGCCGUGAGCGCACAGGUUGAGCCUCGCAAGGCGGGGGAGAGCGGACCGCAAAAGGGGGUAGUACUUCUGGGUGGGUACAACUUUGGUACGGGAAGCUCGAGAGAACAAGCAGCUACCGCUCUCAAGUACUCGGGUAUCCCGCUCGUUCUCGCUGGGUCGUUUGGAGACAUCUUUAAGCGCAACGCCAUCAAUAAUGGGCUGGUCUGCUUGGAGUGCCCACAGCUUGUCGAGGACUUGACGCGCGAGUUUGCCCAGGGUGGCGUGAGGGGUGCUGGCGGGAAGAAGGAAGGAGAGAUCAGUGUGGUUCUGGAGGGGGAGGUUAGGGUUGACACGCGCAAUGGGCAGGUGGUCCUCAAGGGGAGCGACGGUAAGGAGAGGCGAUACGUGACCAGGCCGGCGGGUGUAGGCAAAGCCGUACAGGACAUCGCUGUUGCUGGAGGACUGGAGGCGUGGGUGCAGAAGCGCUUGUGAGAUUGCGGGGCGAUGCGUUGUGAUGAUGUCGAUAAUGUAUAGAUGUAGCAAAGCGUGAGUGCCAGCCGAUGCGAUGCGACGCGAUCCUUCUCCUCCCACUGUCUGUCCCUCAUCAACAAUACGCAACAAAAGCAUAACAACCCCUCUCCCGUCCUAACAUCCCAAAGCCAAGCAAUGUCUCCAUCUUCCUCGCAUGCCAUCCCACCUCGCUCGACACACCACCCCCUCCUGUGCUACUCUUCGCCGCCAGGUUCUCAAGGAAGGAGCGCCGC